AUGCCACUUUCCAACAAUAAAGUGGGUGAUGAUGGCAGUGCUGCGGCAGCAAAUACCCCUGAAGAUGGGAAAUCCAUGGUGGACUGCCUCGUCAAGGUUGUGGCCUGCCACCGGCACCUUGCCUCUUGUGUGGGCGGCAGCACCGACAGCCCUCACCUGCGGCAGGAGUUACGGCAGACCCGGGAGCGGGCGCACGAGCUCGUGCUGUCCUGUCGCCAGCACCUCACCUCCAAGCUGAAGGACAAGACUCUGCCCGAGGCCGAGCGCAAGGAUGCCGAGCUUCUGUGGGUGGCCUUCUCUUCUUCUGUGGAGCUCCUCCACGCCGACAUGUGCAAAGUGUUCAAAGUGGGCAACAACUUCUCUCUGGCCAACACCAGUGCCUUGGUGCAGACUGGGUUGCAAGGUGACACCAAGGAAGUGGCCGCCCGCGCUCUGAGCCUGUCCAACCUGCAGCACGAGGAGACAGGGGCCCAGUCUGACAGCGUGGAGCGCCAGGAGUUGACCCAGUUGGAGCAGGAGAUUGCCCAGGUGGACCGCACCAUCGAAGACAUGGAGCAGAAGGUCAACGUCAUGCGCUGGACAGUGGAGGCCCGAGGGCCGCAGUACGGCGAAAUGGUCAGCACGGACAGCGCCUCCCUUUCUAUCCUGGGUGCAGACGACGAGGCCUCAGAAGGCACAGCUCCACAGAGCCAGAUGUUUAUGAUCGUGGGCCUGUGCGGUGUGGCGGCUGUAGCUGUGGCCAUCUGUGUCUGUGUCGUCUUUCUCGCAUGAGGGAGAGGUAGCAGUGGAAUGCAGUUAAUAAGGACAUCCAUGGACAGACAGUUAUUGACAUUCUGUCAUACCUCUGCUGUGGAGACAUUGAGGGCCAAAUGACCUGUCAAUGAUGUUGAAGGACUGAGGACUA